AUGAUCUGGGAGAACAAUCAAAGUGUGCGGCCAGCUCCCAUCCAGUUAAGCCAGACCGCGAUGGAUUACAAAGAUAAGGCAAUGAAUUACUGGGUCCAAAUGCUCAAGAAAAAGGUCUCCCUGCCUGCUGUGUGGAAACAGGUGCCCAUCCGGCAGCGGAGUCUCUGUGAAGUGGCCCAGUACCGACAACUGAACAAGCACUGGGCGGACAAGCCACGGCUGGCGGAGCCUCAACCAGUGGUCUUUCUGGAUCGGCCUCCCCGGGAUUUGCGGAUUGGAACGAAGCAUCACCUGCGGCAGUCCAGAUGA